AUGUUCACCGACUCUAUCCUAGAAAAUGAAUCGAUCUGGAUCGGGGGCGUUGAUGUAGCCACUGGACCUGAGAGAGAGUGGGUCUGGUUCUCUACUGGAGAGGGCAUUACUUCGUUUAACUGGGCCCCGAACGAACCAAAUAAUGAGCAUGGAGAAGAGUAUUUUAUGAGCAUUCUUUGGAAUGGCAGUAGUUACAGUUGGCAUGAUAACCCUUCAGGGUAUUCGCGUGCAUUUUUCUGCGAGACAUCGAGG